CGGCGCCCGGCGGGGGUCACGUGGGAAAUUCCUUUCCGUCUCUGGCAGGCUGGGGCGCUGGCGGAGCGCGUGUUGCUCGCCGACUCGUCUCCCCUUGUUUCCGCCACCCUCCUCGGCCGACCCUCCUUCCGUGGAGCCGGUGAAGAGGUCGCGGACACGUACCCUGUCCAGGUCCUGCCCAAGGAGCACCUCGUUGCCGCCACCGAACGCCGCGUGAGCUGACCCCGCCGCCAAGAUGCCGGCCUAUUUCCAGAGGCCGGAAAACGCCCUCAAACGGGCCAACGAAUUUCUUGAAGUUGGCAAGAAGCAGCCUGCCCUUGAUGUUCUCUAUGAUGUUAUGAAAAGUAAAAAACAUCGGACAUGGCAAAAAAUACACGAGCCUAUUAUGCUGAAAUACUUGGAACUAUGUGUGGACCUCCGCAAGAGCCACCUGGCUAAAGAAGGAUUAUAUCAGUAUAAAAACAUUUGCCAACAGGUGAACAUCAAAUCCUUAGAGGAUGUAGUUAGGGCGUACUUGAAGUUGGCUGAAGAAAAAACUGAAGCUGCUAAGGAAGAAUCACAACAAAUGGUCUUAGAUAUAGAAGAUUUGGAUAACAUUCAAACUCCUGAGAGUGUUCUCCUAAGUGCUGUAAGUGGCGAAGAUACUCAGGAUCGUACUGACAGAUUGCUUUUAACUCCAUGGGUUAAAUUUCUGUGGGAAUCAUAUCGGCAGUGUUUGGACCUUCUUCGAAAUAAUUCUAGAGUAGAGCGUCUAUACCAUGAUAUCGCCCAGCAAGCUUUCAAAUUCUGCCUCCAGUAUACUCGUAAGGCCGAGUUCCGUAAGCUGUGUGACAAUUUAAGGAUGCACUUAACACAGAUCCAACGCCACCACAACCAAAGUACAGCAAUCAAUCUUAAUAAUCCUGAGAGCCAGUCGAUGCAUCUGGAAACAAGACUUGUACAGUUAGACAGUGCUAUUAGUAUGGAACUGUGGCAGGAAGCAUUCAAAGCAGUAGAAGAUAUUCAUGGUUUAUUUUCAUUAUCUAAAAAGCCACCUAAACCUCAGUUGAUGGCAAAUUACUAUAACAAAGUUUCAACUGUGUUCUGGAAAUCUGGGAAUGCUCUUUUUCAUGCAUCUACCCUACACCGACUUUACCAUCUGUCUAGAGAAAUGAGAAAGAAUCUUACCCAAGAAGAGAUGCAGAGAAUGUCAACUAGAGUUCUUUUAGCCACACUCUCCAUUCCUAUUACUCCAGAGCGUACUGAUAUUGCUCGACUUCUGGAUAUGGAUGGUAUCAUAGUUGAAAAGCAACGUCGUCUUGCAACACUGUUAGGUCUCCAGGCUCCACCAACACGAAUUGUUCUUAUAAAUGAUAUGGUUAGAUUCAACGUAUUACAGUAUGUUGUGCCAGAAGUUAAAGAUCUUUAUAAUUGGCUAGAGGUAGAAUUCAACCCACUAAAACUCUGUGAUCGGGUUACAAAGGUUCUAAAUUGGGUGAGAGAUCAAGCUGAAAAAGAACCUGAAUUGCAACAAUAUGUUCCACAAUUGCAAAACAACACUAUUCUCCGACUUCUGCAGCAGGUGGCACAAAUAUAUCAGAGCAUUGAGUUUUCUCGUCUGACUUCUCUGGUUCCUUUUGUUGAUGCUUUCCAACUGGAACGUGCUAUUGUAGAUGCAGCCAGACACUGUGAUUUGCAAGUUCGUAUUGAUCACACUUCAAGAACAUUAAGUUUUGGAUCUGAUUUGAAUUACUCUACUCGAGAAGAUGCACCAAUUGGUCCUCACCUUCAAAGUAUGCCAUCUGAGCAGAUAAGAAAUCAGCUGACUGCUAUGUCUUCGGUACUUGCCAAGGCAUUGGAAGUUAUUAAGCCUGCUCAUGUUUUGCAAGAAAAGGAAGAACAGCAUCAGUUGGCUGUCACUGCUUAUCUUAAAAACUCAAGAAAAGAACAUCAACGCAUUUUGGCUCGACGCCAGACAAUUGAAGAGAGGAAGGAGCGCCUUGAGAGCCUGAAUAUUCAGCGUGAGAAAGAAGAGUUGGAACAGCGGGAAGCAGAGUUGCAGAAAGUCCGGAAAGCUGAGGAAGAGCGACUCCGUCAGGAAGCCAAGGAGAGGGAGAAAGAGCGCAUCUUGCAAGAGCAUGAACAAAUCAAAAAGAAAACUGUCCGUGAGCGACUUGAGCAAAUUAAGAAAACUGAACUUGGUGCCAAAGCUUUCAAAGAUAUUGAUAUUGAGGACCUUGAAGAAUUGGAUCCAGAUUUUAUUAUGGCCAAGCAGGUUGAACAACUAGAGAAAGAAAAGAAAGAACUUCAAGAACGCCUGAAAAACCAGGAGAAGAAGAUUGACUACUUUGAAAGAGCAAAACGAUUAGAAGAAAUACCUCUUAUAAAGAAUGCCUAUGAAGAACAGAGAGUCAAAGAUAUGGACCUUUGGGAACAGCAGGAAGAAGAAAGAAUUACUACUAUGCAGCUGGAACGUGAAAAAGCCCUUGAACACAAGAAUCGAAUGUCAAGGAUGCUGGAAGAUAGAGAUUUAUUUGUAGAGAGACUAAAGGCAGCACGACAAUCUGUUUAUGAGGAAAAACUUAAACAGUUUGAAGAAAGACUUGCCGAAGAAAGGCGCAGUCGCUUGGAAGAAAGGAAGAAGCAGCGCAAGGAGGAGCGCCGUGUGACUUACUACCGAGAAAAGGAGGAGGAAGAGCAGCGGCUGGCUGAGGAGCAGAUGCUUAAAGAGCGUGAAGAGAGGGAGCGUGCUGAACGUGAAAAACGUGAGGAAGAACAACGAGAAUAUCAGGAGCAUGUCAAGAAACUAGAAGAAGUGGAAAGGAAAAAGCGCCAGAGAGAGAUGGAAAUUGAGGAAAGAGAACGUCGUAGAGAAGAAGAGAGAAGGAUAGCUGAUGAUUCACUUUCUAGAAAGGAUACUCGUUGGGGUGAUAGAGACUCUGAGAGCACUUGGAGAAGAGGUCCUGAAGUAGAAUCAGAAUGGAGACGUCCACCAGAAAAGGAAUGGCGGCGUGGAGAAGGUCGUGAUGAGGAGAGGUCUCUUCGAAGAGAUGAAGACCGACCAAGACGUACAGGAGAUGAAGAAGAGAGAGACUCUUCAAGAACAGAUGAAGAACGAAUUCCUCGACGUGGCAUGGAUGAUGAUAGGCCCCUUAGACGUGGUGGUGCUGAUGAAGACAGAUUCUCUCGUCGUGGGGCUGAUGAUGACCGACUUUGGCGUAAUACAGAUGAUGAUCGACCUCCCAGACGGGUUCUAGAUGAAGACAGGGCAACGUGGCGUUCUGCAGAUGAUGAUAGACCACCUAGGCGAGGACUAGAUGAUGAUAGAAACUGGCGAACAGCUGAUGAGGACAGAGGUCCCAGGCGUGGCAUGGACGAUGAUAGAGGACCUAGGCGUGGCACUGAUGAGGAAAAGCCGUCUUGGCGUAACACAGACGAUGAUAGGGGUCCUAGGCGUGGCAUGGACGAUGAUAGGGGUCCUAGGCGUGGCAUGGACGAUGAUAGAGGACCUCGGAGAAACACGGAUGAUGAUAGAGACAGAAUUUCCAGGCGUGGAGAUGACGAGAGGACAACCUGGCGUAAUUUGGAUGAUGAUAGACUCUCUAGACGUGAAGAUGACCGAAUUCCCAGGCGUGGUGACGAUUCGAGACCUGGUCUUUGGAGACCAGUUGGCAAACCAGGUGGCUGGAGAGAGAGAGAGAAAGCAAGAGAGGAAAGCUGGGCUCCACCUCGAGAUUCUAGGCCAUCAGAAGACCGUGAAUGGGAUAGAGACAAAGAAAGGGAUAGAGAUCAAGAUCGUGAAGAAAAUGAUAAAGAACAUGAAAGAGAGAGAGAUGGUGAUCGUGAAGAUCGGUUCAGGAGAUCUAGAGAUGAGACUGGAUGGAGAAGACCAGCUGAGGAAGCUUCAAGUUGGAGAGAUUCAAAUCGCCGUGAUGAAUGGGAUAGAGAUGACCGUCGUGGUCGUGACAGAGAUGAUCGAGGAGGAAGAGACUUACGAGAUAGACGAGAUGAUAGAGACAGAAGAGGGCCCCUAAGGAGUGAGCGUGAAGAAACAAGCUCCUGGAGACGCACUGAGGAAAGGAAAGAUGAUCGGGCAGAAGAGCGUGAGACUCCUCGUCGAAUUCCUCCUCCUGCUCUUUCAAGAGACCGAGAAAGAGAAGGUGAAAAGGAAAGGGGUGGCUCAUGGAGAACAGAAAAAGAUCGAGAAUCCAGAGAAUCUAGAGAAUCUCUUCGUCGAACCAAAAAUGAGACUGACGAAGAUGGAUGGACCACUGUACGACGUUAAAUCUCAAGAGAAACACUGUCUAUACUGGUGUUUUAUCAUAGGUUUGGUCACAUUCAAGGAUUAUUAUAUUUGUGCUUAAACCAUUCUAAAUUGGAUUUCUUUAACUAAUGUUGUUUCACCAUAACAUGAAAAGCAUGAACUUGUAUUAAUCCUAUAUAGAUUGAUCAUGCAUUGUAUCUGCAGCAGGAAGUUGGAAAACUGAAUGCCAUUUUCUGAAAUUUAAAGUGUUGCAUUAUUUCACUGAUCAUUUGUUUACAAAAAAAAUUUUAAAAACCCAUAAAAUUUAAAAUGUGAAUCCUUCAGGUAUUGAGUAGCACAUAUAUCUGAGUAUAAAGCUGAUCUCUCUUCUUUUUCAAUUUCAAAAUAUCUAGUCUUAUUUUGGAAUGAGGUAAGGUUCUGUCAUAGAAAAAUGUAUUUGAGUAUCUUUAAAGCAGUGGUAUCGAAAAAAACAGCUGAAGCAAUUUUCCUUUACACAAGAGCUGUUGUGGAAACAUACCUCUUCAGGUAUUUUGAGGCCAGGCUUUUCCGAGGUAUUUAUUAUCUGAAUUUAGAAAAGGUUUUAGGUUCACAUUAAGUGCAGUAAACAUUAUGAACAUUGGAUACAGUGGAGAAUUGUCUGCAGGUAUUACUUGAAUGCUGGUGGAUGUAGAACAAUUUGAAGUCAUUGUUCUAAUGAAAUAGGAGUACUGCUGAUAUGUGAAACCAGAAAGAUACAGCUUUUAAAUGGAAAGCAUUGGGUGAAUCUAGUGCUGAGUUUUUUCUGUUGCCAAUAGCAAACUGCUUUUCCAUUAAUGGAGAAUUCAUGCCUUUCAAGCAUUUUAAAUAUGACAAUAUUUAUAAAUGUGUGGUUUUGGAGGAAUUGUUUAAAUUCUUUUCCUAAUUUCCUUUGUCUUCAGGAUAGAUUCAUUCAGCAAGUACUUUGUAGUAAUGACUGUGUUGACUUCAAUUUUGAAGUGUAGUAGCCAUGUUAAUUAUUAACUCUUUGGUCUUAUUGAAGCCAACACAGUACUUGCUGCUGUGUUUUUUCUUCAAUGAUAAAUAAAAUACUUACAGAA